UUGAGUGUACUUGGUCUUCGUUCAUUUACAGUACAGUGUAUUUAGACUGGUACUACUCUGUCUUUGAUUCGUGGCUUGCUGCUGGUAAACUUUACCCUGUUUUAUUUUAGGACUUUCAAAGAAUCAGAUAACGGGAAACAUGGAACCUUGCAUAUUACCAUGUUCUCCAAACUGGUUCUUGUGUUCUGUGAGUAGCGGCAGUGAGUCGGGUCUUUAUGCCUUCGGCUCAAAAACUGAUGUGCUCGUUUACGACGUUUCGUUAACUCUGGGAAGAGUGUCAUCCACCUCAGGCUUAGGUAAAUCUAGUGAGUCAGUGGCACCGCCAGCUUUCGUUGGUUGCUACUCAGGCCAUCGUGAUAAAGUGACUGCUGUCCGUCUUCACCCAGAUUCUCUGCAAUGGACCUGCUGUUCCUCAGACGAUUAUUCUGUAAACUUGUGGGAUAUCCGCUCUCUAGUCUCUAUGCAAGUUCAUAAUGAACAUAAGGAAAAAAUCACAAGCAUGACUUGGUCAGCCAGCAAUUUGGACUUGAUUCUGACAUCUGAUGAGAAGGGUACGGUAGUGAUGUGGAGGAUCAAGAGUAACUCUGUCCAGUCUUUUCGUCUUGAACGAGAGUACAUCUACAGCCUUGAGAUGUCACCCCAUUCCUCAUCUCGACUGGCUAUCGGCUACCGAUCAGGUGUUGCCCUCAUUGUGGGUCUGGACAGAGACAAUCCACAGAUUUUGCAACGGUUGAGAGGUCAUGAAGGGGAAAUACUUUCAAUGCGAUGGUGUCCUGCUGAAGGGGUGUGUACCCUCCGGGGAGAUGAAGUUGACAUGGAAAGCCUCAUAGCUACAGCAGAUAAGAGGUGCAUCAAAGUCUGGAGCACAUCGAAUGGGAAAGAACUGAUGUACCGCAAGAUUUCUCAGAACUCUUCCUACCGCCAUGACCCUCAAGAGCCUGGGGGCCGCAGAGCAUGGCUAUCCCUCCACUGGCCAAAGUAUCAGCCCUUUGAACUCGUCUUCAGUUCCCAGAGUGGUGACCUGCUCUUGUGGGACUUGAAAGGGAAGCCAUCCCAAGAGCCAGAUCGUCUUAUUGCCAGGGACAUGGCCCAGCACACACGGCUUAUCUUCAACAUCGCAUCACUCAGCUCCGAUGGAGAUAAAGUGGUGUCCUUCUCUCUGGACAGAACAGUGGUGAUAUGGGACAUAAAAGCCAGAAAAGGAGUCUGUUCCUUCUCAUCGUUUGGGGGAUACGUGUAUUGUGCAAGAGCGUCACCUUUGGAACCAGGCUGUGUGGCAAUCGGUGCAGGGGACAACAUGAUCAGAGUGUGGAAUCAGGGGAAGAGGACGAACCCUUUCGACAUUUCCACUCAUUACUACGGAAUGAAGUCAAAGAUAACCACAGUGAGCUGGCACCCACAAAGAGAAGGUCUCCUCGCUUAUGGGACAGAAGAUGGCAGAGUCGGAGUCUACAACCUCUUGUCUUCCAAAUAUCCUUCAAUGUCAGGCACUUUCCACAACAAGAUUGUAUACGUUGUUUGCUGGGCACCCCCGCUUGAGGCUGGCAAAGGUGGUCAUGACUUUGAAGUCUACUCUGUGGGUGAUGGCAUAAUUCUACAGCACUACAUUGGCGAUGGAGAGACCAAGAGGGAUGCAGUCAACCUUGUGAAGGCCAUCCAGGCGGUCAACGGGGAAGAGAAGGAAAAGAUCAACAGAAGUGAGAUAUCUUGGCACUCAGACUUCACGAUGUUUGCUGUGGGCUGUGACAAUGGGUCUGUGACGGUCUACUCUUUCCCGCGAUUGCAACGAAUCUGCUCGGUCAGUCUUCACCAGAAGCUGGUCAACUGCAUCCGAUGGCAUCCACAGACCACGGGCGAGUCCCCCCACCUGUCCCCCUGUCACAGCCUGGUGGCUUUUGCCGGCAACGACUCGUGUGUCACAGUGGUAGAUUUGUCGCAAGUCUUCUUGGGUACCGCCUCAGGCUCCUCAAGCCCCCUUCGUGAGGUCCAGGCUUACCGCCAGCUACAAGGCCACCACCAGCGCACCACGGACCUGUGUUGGAGCCCGCACCACGACGGCCGGAUGGUCACUGUGGGGUACGACAACGUGGCCGUGGUGUGGGAUGUGAGGACCUCCGCUGUUCUGGCAUGUUACAACCAGCAUCCAGGAAGACUGCUGACAGUUCUGUGGAGUAACCUUGACCCUGACCUCAUUAUGACAGGUGGUUUCGAUUCCACAUUUCGGAUGUGGAAGGUGUCAGAGCAGCCCAAGGAGGUAACCAGUGCUGAUCGUAAAAAGAAAAAGAAGAAAGCUCCACCAAAGGUACCCGAAGCAGUUAGUGAGGACAAGAGCAUCAGCUCUGCUGCAGAAUUGGCGUCUGAGCAAGAAAUGGAGGAGUUGAUGGACUUGCUGAAACAAAAGCGGCAGCUGUUGAUGUCCGAGCUUCACCUUGACAAGGAUAAGGAUGUUACGAACAAUG